GGUCUGAUCCCAGCUCCAUCACUUAGUCUGUGGGUGACCACAGGCCAUUGGCUUGUGUGGGUCUGUGCUACCCUGGUACACAGGUCAGUACUCGCAUCUGCCUCGUAGCACUGCUGUGGCGGUCACAUGAGUGAUGUGCUUAGACGAGCUGGACGCAGAGACGGAUGACUAUACAAACGUUCUUGUUUGUAACCCUGCGAUUUGCUAGAAACAUGACCUGAGGCUCUGAGCCUCAGUUUCCCCAUCUGUUACCUGGAGGGGAUUAAAUGAGUUGUUAGCACAGGGGAACCGUGGUCUCCUGCCUUGAAAAGUGAGCCAAGAUUGUGUCCCCACAGAGACACCGUGUUCCCGCCCCGCCUGUGCCAGAGGAAACGGGGCAGAAAAGCUUAGCGUCGUCAGGCCCAAACCUCUAUGCAGCUGCCUCACACACCCCAGACAUUAGACAAGCGACGUGUCUGUGAGAGCGCCUGCCUCACCGUAACAGUCUGUGGAUUGGGUCAGUGACACGCACAGAUGACCGCGUGCUCAGCUGUUGAGUCUCCCCUCUACGUUUAGGCUACUUCUCGGGGAUAUCCAGUGUGUCGGGAGAGGGGCCGGCCCUGCAGGACGCUGAGAUGCAUGGGGCCAGUCCUGCCGUUCUCCUUGAGGAAGCAAGAUGCUGACAUGUGACAAGGUGAACGGCAAGAACCCCAGGGCCACCCUCCUGAGACCAUCCUCCAGGGGGCGUCCCCUGCCCACGGCGCCAAGGUGACCUGGGGCCUCUCCCCGCAGGGCAGCAGCUCAACGACAGCAGACACUUUGAACCCGCGGGAGACACCCCCUCCCACAGGAGUCGGAAUUUAACAGGCCACGAUUGUUAGAAACGUUCCCGGGGACCCUCUGCGGAGCUGAAACGGCAGUUCCUGACCCCCAGGCGGCGGGGGGUCCCCAAGGCCCAGGCGCUGUGGCCCCAGCGCGGAGCCUCACGGUUAGCGCCCGCGGGAGGCGCCCUCGCCAGGCUGGCUGCAGGUGAGGCGGGCGCCAGGUCUAUCGCCGGCCCAUGGCCGGCGGGUGAGCGCUCCGGCCCGGAGUCCUGCUUGCGCGGAGCCUCUGCCUGGACCACCUGAAUCCGGAGCGAUGGCGCGCGUUCGGGGGACCGCAGAAACCACCCCAAAGAGCGGAGAGAAGCCCUAACCAGUCCUGGAACCCCAGAGCAUCUGCUGGCGAUGUGACUCGUCCCCGUGGUGGGGACGCGCAGACCCCGAGCAGGGGCGAUUCCGGGAGGGUCUGGCUCUGGGCGCAGCCCCCCGCGGCGCCAUGAACGGUCACUUCUGCCGCGCGCUGGUGGACCGGGGGCCCGCGGUGCACCCCUGCGGCAUGCCGUUGGGCGCCGCGCCCCCUCCCGGGCCAGCGCCCCUGCCCGCGGAGCCCUCGGGCGCCGUGCCCUUCCUGCUGUUCCCCGGCCCGGCCGCCGCCUACGCCGGCCUGUUCCCCUGCGCGCCCGGGCCCGGCGCCCUCGGGGGCUACGACGGCCCCUUCGAGCCCGCGUUCAUCCAGAAGCGCAACGAGCGCGAGCGGCAGCGCGUGCGCUGCGUCAACGAGGGCUACGCGCGCCUCCGCGGCCACCUGCCCGGCGCGCUGGCCGAGCGGCGGCUGAGCAAGGUGGAGACGCUGCGCGCCGCCAUCCGCUACAUCCGGCACCUGCAGGAGCUGCUGCGCGCCGCCCCCGACGGCCCCCGGCCCGAGCGCCCCGGCGACGCCCAGGCGCCCGAGGGCCCCCGCUUCUCCUCCUCGCCCGGCCUGGAGUCGGAAGAAUCCAGCCAGUGACCCGGCGCCGCCGCGGGGCCUCCCCGCUGCCGACUGCGCCCCGGGACGCUGCGGGGCGGCGCGGGCCGGACACCCCGCGGUGCGCGGCGCUCCGUGGCUGCGACCCGUCCUUCCGCGCCCCACCGCCGGCCUCUUCCUGCCGGCCGGGCGGGAGUGCAGGGCCGGGUGCGGCUGGCCAGCGCAGGCCGAGGAAGCCGGGGGCGCAGGGGGCACAGGGGGCGCAGGCCCUGGGGGAGCCCCGGCGCGUGCCGCGGCCUCCAGGUCGCCGGAAGGUCGCCAGGACGGUCACCGGGGGCCUGGCCCCGACUCAGCUUGGGCUUCGCGCCGGCGAACGCUGAGGCCCAGCUCCGGGGUGUGCGCCGUCCUCCGUGGCCACAGGCGCAGCCCUUGGUCUGCGAGUCUCCAGGCGGCGAGCGGCGCUUCGGUUCAGGAUGCGCCCUGACGGGACCGCCAAGCGGUGGCCUCAAAUAGCAACGGCCUCUUGGGGAGUUUGCUUGCACCCCGCCCCCCGGGAGAGGAGCCCAGAGGGGGCCCGGGAGGCCCAGCUGCUGCGAUUGCCCAGACGGGACCGACAGGCUUGGGAAGAGACGUUGUGUGCGCGCUGGUGGCACCCCUGGGACCCUUGACGGAGGGCGGUCACCCUGCUUUCCCCACUCCCACGUGGCCUUUUCCUCGUUUUUUCCCCCAGUUUAGGGGAGGGCUGCGUUUCCCUGCCUCAUCCUGUGAGCCUCUGUGGGCGGCGGGACCGUAUGGGUACGUUGGCACCGUCUGU